GCAGGUCUCUCAGCCUUCAGGUUCAGUCUAGAGAACUGAGUGAAGUAGCCAUGAUGAAGUGGGCCGUGCUCCUGUGCGCCGUGCUGGCGCUCUCUGAGUGCAACAUCAGGAUUCCUCUGAUCAAAGGGAAGAGUGCCCGUGAGGCUCUGGAGGAGAAGGGUCUGUGGGAGCAGUACAGGAAGCAGUACCCAUAUGACCCAAUGGCCAAGUUCAGCCAGAGCUUUGCUGUCGGAUAUGAGUCCAUGACCAACGAUGCUGAUUUGUCCUACUAUGGAGUGAUCUCCAUUGGUACUCCGCCUCAGUCCUUCCUGGUCAUCUUUGACACCGGCUCCUCCAACCUCUGGAUUCCCUCUGUCUACUGUAGCAGCACUGCUUGCAACAACCAUCACAGGUUCAAUCCUUCACAGUCCAGCACCUUCCAGAGCACCAACCAACCUCUUUCAAUCCAGUAUGGCACUGGUAGCAUGACUGGCUUCUUAGGAUACGAUACUGUUUCGGUGGGAGGUAUCCAGGUCCCUCAUCAGAUUUUUGGAUUGAGUCAAACCGAGGCUCCAUUCAUGGCCCACAUGAAGGCUGAUGGAAUCCUGGGUCUGGCCUACCCUAGGCUGGCUGCCUCCAAUGCACAGCCUGUCUUUGACAACAUGGUCCAGCAGGGUCUAGUGCAGGACUACUUCUCUGUCUACCUGAGCAGCAACUCUCAAACUGGCAGCGAGGUUAUUUUCGGUAGCUACAACCCUAAUCACUACACCGGCUCUCUGGUCUGGAUCCCUCUGUCAGCUGAGACCUACUGGCAGAUCACUAUGGACAGCGUCACCAUCAAUGGACAGGUUGUUGCUUGCAAUGGUGGAUGCCAGGCUAUUGUGGACACCGGCACCUCUCUGAUUGUUGGUCCCAACAGUGAUAUUGCCAACCUGAACUCCUGGGUGGGGGCCACAACUAACAAUGGAGAUGCUGUUGUCAACUGUAACAACAUUGCAAGCAUGCCUGUGGUGAGCUUUAACAUCAAUGGACACUCCUUCACCCUGCCUGCAUCAGCCUACACAUCACAGUCUUAUUACUAUGGCUGCCGCACUGGCUUUGGCAACGGUGGCUCCAGCCUGUGGAUCCUGGGUGAUGUGUUCAUUAGGCAGUACUACACUGUCUUCAACAGAGCAAAUAACUCUGUGGGUCUAGCCAAGGCUGUGUAAACAGAGUGGUUUAAUCUCUAGAUCAUAUCAGUAAAUGUUACAGCACACACGCUGAAGAGGUUAUUAAUCCAGAGAGUCGUGGCAAUGAAAUGACAAUAAAAACA